GCCAGCCCCUCCCCCAAAAUAUUGUAGGAGGUCAACAUCACACACAAAUUGACUGCUACAAAGCUAGCUAAAGAUGUCUCAAUCUGCUAUCAGGAAGAAAGGCUAUCUAUUUAAGCUCCCUGUCAAAGGACUGCUCAAAAAAUGGAGCAGGAGAUGGUUUGUGCUACAUGCUACGAGUCACGAGGGAGUCAUCAGAAUGGAGUACUUUGAUAGUGACGCGUGUGAGAUAGGCUCUCUGGGGAAAAGGACUAUACCUUUGAGGGACUGCAGUGGCAUCAAACAAUCUGUUGGAAACAAGACACAGCCCUAUGUCUUUGAGCUACAAAGCCAAAUUGGGUAUCACCAAUUUGCCUGUGAUAGUCAGCCUAUUCUUGAGGAGUGGGUGGAAAACAUUAAAGAAGCUCUUCACGAAGACAAGAUGAAACGAAGACAGAGGAAAACUCAAUCACUUGUCAUCAACCGUGACUAUGAUACGAGCAGUUUCGCUGACAAAAAAGGACCAUCCCACACAAACUACAGUGACAUUGCUGAAGGUACCUACAGAGUCAGGAUAGAACAAAACGAAACAGCUAGUAAGAUGGCUCUCGAAGGCGAGUAUAAUCUACUAAUAACAACGACCUCACUCUCUAUUGUUGGAAUAAAUUCUGGAGCUGCAAUUGCAGUAUGGCACUACAAAUUCCUCAAGAAUUACGGAAAGCAACAUGGGCGAUUUCACUUUGAAACUGGGAAAUCAUCACCAACAGGCGAAGGUAAUUUCUUGUGCGUAACAACCUGCUCAAAGGAAAUUUUCGGAGUGGUGCACCGAAACAUUAAAAGGUUACGCGAGGCCAAACAAGGUACUGCAUUAGAGAAAAAAGUUGGAGAGCCGGUGGAAAGUCAGCAGAAAAUUCAAGACGAAAAAAAAGCUGCUGCUUUAAAGAAACAGAGCUCAACUGAUAAAGGACUUCAAGGAAAAAGCAGUGAAAAGAGGUCAUCCCGAGAGAUUGCUGGACAACCAACAACUGGUCGUUAUAGAACCAGCCAAAACCUCGAGGAAGCUGACGCACAAAAUCAUUACACUCUAGCAGGAGCUACAGACGAGGAUUUUGACCCGAGCCAUCUCUACACAGCAGUAAACAAAGAAAAGAAGCAGGAGGAAAACUCUCCCCCACCAGAAGCAGGAGGUGAUUUCGAUCCAAGUCACCUCUAUACCACUGUAAACAAGCAGAAAAAACCAUCAAGGCCUCCACCAAACCCACCCCAGCCCUACUCAGUAACUGCUCAGGCUACUCGUGACCAGACCGAUGAUCCAUCAGCUGUGAACCUUCCUCCAUCCGUAGUUAGUGGAGAUACAAAUCGACACUCACUAGGGAGUGUCCGGGAUUCUCGAGAUAGCGCCUUUGUUCAGCUCAACCUUUUAGGCUCAUUCGAUGAAGAAUUAGAGAACGUACAGCCGUCAAUGGAAGAAGCUGGGAAUCCGACAUGGAGCGAUUCUUUCAAUGUACCCAACAAAACAGAGGAUCUGAUCAAUUUCGAUAUUGGUCAACUCGACAGUAACUUUAUGGGGCAAAUUGAUGGUGGAACUGGCUUGCCUGAAAGCAACACCCUUAACCAAGAGCAGUUUGACCAGAUGUGGGAUGAUGUAUUCUCUACAGUCCCAACUGCCUAGAACCAUUACUAUAAGAAACUUAAACUUCAUAGAUAGAUAUUUAUUACGCAAACCAGUAUAAUUACACUAAUUAUGAUAAAUUAUUAGCACGUCUUUUUAUAAUGCAGUCAAUGUUUAGUAAUGAAAUCGAAC